UUACAUAUUCUAACCUGGCCAGAAAGCUUAUAUUGUUGUUGUUUAUACGUAAAUACCUAAUUUACCAACCCAAAAGAGGAUUCUGUUGGUCAUCUGAUGAGGCUUUUGAAAUGUUCCAAAUGAUGACUUGUAAGAUAGACCAAUUCAUAGGAGAGUUGUUCAAACAUACGGUCCUACGUACUUCUCUAUAACUCAGUCAGUCAGUGAAUACUGCAGUGCUACUUACUUAAUUCAACUGACAACUAAUUAUUUUGCUUUCAUGAAAUGGAGACCUCCAAGAUUUCAAAGUGUUUAUUUUCUGUAAUUCUUGUGAUUUCAUCCUUUCAUGUAUGGCCAUGUGUUUCCUUCAUUUCAUUUGUGUUUGGGGACUCGUUGGUUGAUGCUGGAAACAAUGACUAUCUCUUCACUCUCUCGAAGGCUGAUUCGCCUCCUUAUGGCAUCGAUUUCAAGCCUUCUGGAGGUCGACCCACUGGAAGAUUCACCAAUGGACUAACAAUACCAGACAUUAUAGGUCAAUCUCUUGGAGCCAAAUCGUUUCCACCACCUUAUCUAGCCCCAGACACUCGGGCUGAUACCAUUCUCAAAGGAAUAAAUUACGCUUCUGGAGCUUCAGGAAUUUUGGAUGAAACUGGAUUUUUAUUCAUAGGAAGAGUUCCAUUACGAGAACAGGUAAAUUAUUUCGAGCAAAGUAGAAAUUAUAUGGUGAAGGUUAUGGGUGAAAAUCGUACACAGAAGUUCCUUAAGAAGGCGAUAUUCUCUAUCACAAUUGGGUCCAACGAUUUAAUCAACUACAUCCAACCAGUACCCUUUUUUUUGGGUAAAAGGACUUCUAUAACAAUGUUUCAGGAUUUCAUGGUUUCAAACUUGACCGUUCAGCUUAAGAGACUCCACGAAUUGGGUGCUAGAAAAUUUGUUGUUGUUGGGGUUGGACCUCUGGGUUGCAUUCCAUUUGUUCGUGCACUCAAGCUACUUCCAAGAGGGCAAUGCUCGACUGAGGUGAAUAAAAUAAUCAAAGGAUACAAUAAUAAGCUAACUGCGGAGCUCAAUCGUUUAAAUCUAGAGAUGGGACCUGAAACUAUCUUUGUAUAUGCAAACUCGUAUGAUAUUGCCAUGAGUAUCAUAAUUAAUUACAGAAAAUAUGGAUUUGAGAAUGCCGAUCAACCAUGUUGCGGCGGAUACUUUCCUCCAUUUGUUUGCUUCAAGGGGAAUGAUCGAAACGACACUUCUGUUUUGUGUGAUGACCGAUCAAAGUAUGUGUUUUGGGAUGCGUAUCAUCCCACAGAAGCUGCAAAUAUCAUAAUGGCAAGAAAGUUACUCGAUGGUGAUGAAAGCAUUAGCUUUCCGAUAAACAUUCGUGAGCUUUACGAUUAUAAUUUGUAGUGAAACCAGAAGAAAGAAAAUUUAUGUUAACAAUAAGAAAUCCAUAAAUUCAAACGUUAUUAUAUUAAUU